CCUAAGUGUUUUCUAACAGAGAUAACGGUUUUCCCUAGGCUCCGGCCGCAGGAAACUGUUUGCCGAUUUCACCAUCGGCAGGAAUCGUAGAGUGCACAACUAGAGAGAACCCGAUGAAGAAGUAGAAGACCUAUAUCCUAGACAUUUGUGAGAGAAGAUCAUCACCACGUCGGUGAGUCGCGGCAGAGAAUCACGUGUGAGAGAAAAAUUCUAACAUUUUCGUGCCAUCGACGAGACAACUCGAAACGGAGUGUCCCUGCUGUUCACUGCUAGAACAGUUGUUGGUCGUCGCGAAGCGAUGCGUUAAGGUGUCGGGAAAUAGUAGGGAAAUUUCCACCAUGACCUAGCUGCAACUCAAGCGAUUCAGCGAACUAGAAUACGUCGAAAACAUCGGAAAGCACGCGACGCAUCUGUGAAUGGUAGGCCUGUGCCUAAGCUAGAUUUCGUAAGGAAGAAGUAGACAGUGAUAAAGAAAGUGGUGAAAAAAGUAGUUCAUCCUGGUGGUGAACUUCGGUUGUGCCUCGGAUACAAACGAAACACAGCAGGAUCGUCUGUCUAAAAAACAAGUGUGUGUUUGAAGGUCCUAUUCGUCCGCAGAUCUUCUCUGUCCAUAGCAGUGUUUAGAACAGUAACGUUCACAACAAGAGUUCGACCUCCCCUAUUAUCGGUCAAGGGGUGGAAACGUGACAAACAGAUUGCCGCCCACGUAUCGGUUCAGUCAGAAAGAACAGCAGAGAUCUUGGAUCGAAUCAAGCGACAAGCACGGGAGAAAAAAAAACACAUCAAAUUGCUCUAUUCGACGACUGCAAACGACACUUCCGAGGACUUUGUUUGAACACGAUCAAAGAUCAACUGUCAAGGGGCUAACGGCUUCCUCGAAAGAAGAUUGUCCGCGGAUUUACGCAUUUGUUCCCCCUUCCCCCAUUCUCUAUAAACACUAUCUACAAUGCGUGCGGAGGGCUCACAUUUGCAAUUGGCCUGAUGCCGCGGCAGCUAUUCAUUAUCGCGUAAACUCGCUAACCACAAUCGUGUGACGACCUCAAUAUCGUAACCGCAUUACCGAAACCGCAACGCUUCAUCAGUCCUCGAAUGAAGAUCCGAACCAGUUCGAAUCGGGCGCUUAUCCAAGGCGGAUUAAAGUUACACCACCCCAGUGGAUGGAGGGGCCAGUGACACACUGUUGCUGAAGAUUAAGUGGUGCUGUGGUACUCGGACGCGCUAAUCUGCUCUUGAAUUCGGAGGGAGCGCAUACUCUAAGCAGAGUGAAAUAGUCUAGUUCGCCGCCAAUCGCAAGAACAGCGCCCGUUGUUCCGUUCGGUUUCGGCGGGUUUGGCAGCAGCUUAUUAGGCCACCCAGACCGAUUACGACGACGACGACGACAACAGCGACGACGACGAGAAGAAGAAGAACAACAACAACAACAGCAGCAGCAACGCAAUACCCCCAACAACGAUCUUAUUCGCUCGAUUAUCCUCUUACUCAGCCCCCUUCCCUUCAAGUCCUCCCGUCGUCUCCUCCUACCACAGUCAUCAAACCCCCCUAACAUUUCGCCAGAACUCUUCAACGAGCUGCUUUAAUCACCCUCGACCAGCUGAAGUUGGACAGCUCGAUCCAGAUCAUCGGGCCCUGGUAAUAGUACUUGUGACUCGUGAGAUCGCAGACAUCCCGUGUUGUACCUACCGCUUCUAGCUAUUCGAUUCGUUCAUCAUCCACUCUUCCCGUCCCGGACUACUUCGUGUCUCACUACUACGACCACGACGACUAGCCCAGAUAGUCUGCCUGCGAUCACUCGGCGCUUCGCAUUGCUCACUCGUGUGAUCGUCUUCUCUCUCGCACUGUCACCAGUGCCGCCAGUCACUGAGUUUAUUGGCUAGAGUUCUAGCUAGCGGUGUUCCGAUCUGCCACUGUUACUGCCGCUACUUCGAUCAUCAUCAUCGUCGUCGUCGUCGUCGUUGUUGUUGCCAGUGGCUCUCCACCGCUCGCAGGCACUCGACGACGGUUGCGCACAAAAAAAUCCUCGACGGUAACUCCAACAGCGGCGAACGACGUGCUGGCAAGAGAAAGCUACACGAUAGUAGAAGUAGGAAAACUGCCAGGCACUAGCAGACCGACUAGGCAAAAUAGUGAGAGAGAAAAAAAGAUCCUGAAGACCCGAAGACUCACCAGUGGGUGGAAGGAGCGAACGAUCGGAGUGAGAAGCACUGCCUAACUGCCUCGACCGGAUCGCGACUGUAGCUGACGCCGGAGCUGCAGCUUGCGGCAAGCGAGCUUUGCUCUGCUCCCCAAGCGAAUCCUGUGGCGGCACUGCACUGUCUGGCUGGAUAGACACAUACCUUUCUGCCUACCUUCGUAGGUAAUCGUCGACUAGUGUGUUGUACGACAGAAUAGUCAGUUGCCAAAUAAAGAAGGUAGCCUGGAGUGAGAAGCGCAACUAGCUGUUCUGUGUUUCUUCGACGUUGCAACAGCAGCAAGCAAGCAAGCAAACUGCUGUUGCUGCUGCUGCUGCUGCUGCUGCUGCUGCUGCUGCUACUACUGCUGCUGCUGCUGCUGGUUUUCACCUCGGUCCUUGCCAGCGAGCCUGCGCUUCAGGACUGCCUACCGCUUGUGGUGCCGGUCGCGCUGGCGAACUCCACGAGCGGUGUCGACAGUUGAGUAGCUAAGGGAGUGGGAUAGUCUUCCCCUGGCGACGAAACCCGGGAAUCAAUUUAGUCGACCCCAUCUCGGCACACUCACACACGUCGGUACUCACCGACACUCACGCAGACAACGAUAGGCUAAGAGUCGCGCACUCCGAUAGAGACAAACGUUCGGCUAGGCGAAGUCUAUCGCUCUUAGCCUCAGCCGCAGAGGCUGUAGCGGCUGCUGUGUCUUCACCCAUCGCCACCGAAGGAGGAAGGCCCGUGGUGGACGGAGUGAGUGAGCUAAAAGCAGAAUUGAACCACCAGAAGCAGUGUUCUAUUUACCCGAAGCAAGUUCGACAAAAACUCGGCUGAAACCCUCGCGCACAUCACUUCAUUCUUGGAGCCACUCAGCUCUAGCGAAGCGGCGGAGGGAGCGGACAUAGAGCGGCAAUAGACUUCUACCACGAUCACCACUACUACAAAGGACUACUGAAGCAAACAGUCCCCUCAGUUGAGAGCACAAGCAGAUAGAAACACUGAAAAAGAAAGAAAGAGAGAGAAGUUAGUCGCUAGAAGUCGUUCCCGAAGAUCCUGACUCCCCAUCCCCUCCCCCAGAGUUAGGACCUCGGGAGCGGCCGAUCAUCAACGGCUCAGUGGCCACGGAGAUAUCUAGUCUAUCUAAGGUUCCCAAUCUCCAUUUGGCGUUUAUCUCAAAGUCAGAGUUCGAAAAGAUUAAGAUGAAGUAGAAAUAGAAAUAAAGCGGAUUUCUCCUGUGGAAAUGCAAGACAAAAAAAACGCGGGAAAACAGAACGUUUCAGCCUGUUUCAACUCAGCGAUGCGUAGUACACCUCGAAUGUCACCCGAGCAGUGCCUCCCUUAUACAGAGUCGAUCUAAGUGGUCAUCGUCCUUCAGUGACCUCGAAUGAAAAUCAAGAGAAACGAGGAUCGAAUGGCAUCUCUAUGAAUGUGUCUUCCAUGUUUGACUUUUACGUCGAAAAUUAAGGGCGUGCACUCGUGUGGUUGUUGUGGAGAUCGUUCGAAGGCAUACGAUCGAACUGAAAAACAUCACGGCGCAUUUUAACGCACCCAGCCAAAGUGACUGUGGAGCUGGCCGAAACGACUGCAGACUAUUUAUGGACACUAAUUAGCAAACGAUUCAUCUAAUCGAGUGUGAACUAGUUACCCGUUGUUUCGUGACUGCUUCCUGAGAUGCGCGUCUAAACAUCGCCACCUCGGUGACCAGUGCGCCGCCAGUGAACGUUCUACGCCAUUUUUCGACGUUAUGGCGUCAACAUCGAGUCCACCCGCUUGGCAACAGUGGCCACCAGCAGCUCCGGGCCACGAUGCAUCAGGUGCAUGUCAUUGCCAGUAUUGUGCGAACGGUGGUUCAUGUGGUUCGCCCCAUCGGGACUACUAUGAACGAGGAACGAGGUCGCCUCGAGUCGCGCCCGACGCUUCGGAUAUGCACGCCGAUGACCUACGUCAAACACCGGAACACCGCCAGGGAGCAGGCCUUGCCCCGGGAUCACUAGCAGGAGGCCUACCCGGUACGAUACCUGGCCUCGGGAUGGGCCAAGGAGGUCAACCUUUGGACCGGCUAAGCCUUAUGAGUGCUGAGCGGGGCCUACCUCCGGCCGAUAGGCCAUCGUCCGCUCAGACAGUGAAAACGGAGUUUAAGACGGAGUUCAAACCGGACUUUGAGCAGUCGCGGCAGCAGUUUUUCGAGCAGCAGUUCUUCGGCAUCACCGAGUCGACCGCCGAGGCGCUAAAGCAGAUCGGCCAGCCUUCUCCGAGUUCACCGAGUCAGACACACCUGGGUCAGGAUUUCAUGUCCAGAAGUUCGUACCAGCCCGGCGGCCAGGCGGCACAGCGGCCCAGCAGUAAAAAGGACGCGGACCGGGUGCGGCGGCCUAUGAACGCGUUUAUGGUGUGGUCGCGCGGCCAACGCAGGAAAAUGGCCCAGGAGAACCCGAAGAUGCACAAUUCCGAAAUUUCGCGAAGACUGGGUGCCGAGUGGAAGCUGCUGUCCGAGGCAGAGAAGAGACCUUUCAUCGACGAGGCGAAGCGUCUGCGAGCCGUCCACAUGAAGGAACAUCCGGAUUAUAAAUACCGACCAAGGAGAAAAACAAAGACGUUGAUGAAAAAGGAGAAGUAUGCCGCUCCAACAGCGCCCUCGGUAGGCCAGGGUCCUACCGAUUCGGCGGGACUCCUGCAGCGUAACCAGCUUCAGGCUAACCGGCUCCCGGGAAUACAGAACAACAUCAUGCCCCUCGCAGACUCCACGCGCGACUUAUACUCCUCCGUGGGUUCGUACACUCCACAGGGCUAUCCCUUGGCUAGCGAUUUCUACAACGUGUCGAUGUACCAGCAAUCGCAGAUGAACCCCCUCUACCAGCGCUAUGACCAGUACACUUACCCCGGCUACGGUUUCGGCUAUUCGGCUCAGCCCGGUACACCGGGUCAGCAGAGCGUGCGGAGUGACGAUAGCGGUGCUGCCACGCCCAACGGUUCGCCCGGCUCCACUCCAGGUUCAGUCAACCUCUCUGGAAGCUCUUCGGCGCUGUCCGGACUCUCCGGACUUCCGGGAGCUUCCGGGUCCUUGUCCGGUAAUAUAAACUCGAACCUUGGUCUCAACCUCGGCUCCAACCUCGCCUCGAGUCUGCCUGGUCUAGGCGCUGGUCUCAACGGCAGGAGUGCGGUGGCGCCGCCCUCGACGCCUGGCUCAGUACCGUCUGGCGGCCACGCAGCUCAGCCGGGAUCGCCAGCCGCUGCAGGCCCAAUGGUCGCGCCAGGCGCAGGCCAACCCGGCAGUUCGGUCGGGCUAGACCUCAGUGGGGGUAUGGCGUCCGCCGCAGGUAUCGUCACUGCCCGUCGAUACCAAAACGGUCCGGACCUCAGGGACAUGAUAUCGGUCUACUUGCAACCGGGACACCAGGGAACGGCCGAGGCUGGUGCUCAAUCCUAAAGCAGCAGCUAUAGCUUCAAGAGAAACAAUAAUCGCAACAAUAAUAACGUGCACGAUUAUUUCGACACAGGAGUGCAUUGUUGCCAGAGUGACGACAAAGAGAGCCGCGCGAAAGUGACCCAACGGCCAGCUUCAACAGCAGCAGCGACGUCAACCAAGGAUAACAGCAGCAGCAGCAGCAGCAGCAGCAGCAGAAGUAGCAGCAGAACAAAAACAACUCGCCGAUAGAUUGAACCAGCUGAUAAAGCGUUUGGGCUUAUCUGCACGAGGAACCAUCGAAUCAGAAGGCCCUGCGCCAAUUCACGUACACUCCAACAGUUCAUACAGUCACACGAUCCACAUCACAAGGGCACACAUCCCUCAAAAUAUCAUUUUCCUUGCAAAUGUUAUGUCUAUUUUAACUCUAAGCUCGUAUAAGGCGUUCAGAGCUUGCAUUUUACCACUGGUUAGUUUCUGUAUAGGAACAGAAUCGAUUCCCGUCCAUAUAACCUACGCUGUGAGGUACUUCCUUUCAAAAUCUAGAGACAGUCGAUUACAUAUUUGCAGUACGAGAAAUCCUUAUAUUAUAACUGUAAAAAUUUUAUAUACUACAAUUUUCUGCAUCGUUAUAAUUUCUACUUUAAAUGUUCUUUAUGUAUUCGAAAGGCAACAACCCACAAUAACAGAAUCACAGCAAAAAAAAAAAAAAGAAAAAAACAAAACAGCCUCAGUCAAAGCUGCAAUGUUAACACAAACAACCAUGUUACGGGCGAGAUAGUACCAGCAAAAAACUUACUAGAGAAACAACAGAAUGUGACGCCGGGAAGAUGCAGAACGCGUAAAUCUCUUAUCACCUCUAAUGUAUAUAACUAUGUCAAGAGAAAGAUUGUACCGCUGAUAGAAAUUCGAUAAAGAUUUGGUUAGUGGUCAGACCCUGCAUUGACUGUAACAUCAACCAAAAAUGCAGCCAGCAUAUAGAUAAGCGAACAGUAGUAACUAUAAUAAUAAUUAUCACUACGAUUAUCAUUAUUAUUACUAUUAUUCAUAAUAACUAACAACACCAGUACGCCAUGAUGGUGAUAAUAAACACGAUUAGGAGACGAUCUAUCUGACAUAAGAACGCGCCUCACACAACUCUACAACUGUUAAAAACACCCGAACGCUCAGAGGGAAUAUCGGCUCGCGUGAGGUCAGUACCAUUGUAUUCAGACCGGGUCAGCCCGAUUGCACGAGGAAGCUAACUUGUGAGCCAGAAACCUAUCGUUAGUUGAUGGUAAAUAAUAAAACAGCUGGUCUUCUAAACCCCCCGCCGCCGCCGCCGCCGCUACGCUGGAAGGAGGUAUGGCGACGGGUGUAUCGUUUAAAGGAGCCAUUAAAAACGUUCGUUUCCCUUUUGGUUGAAAGCGGACGCGUCGUAAGAAGCGAAACGAGGCAAACAGAUUAUAUUAUAUAAUAGGUCUAUAAAUAGUGCACGGCAGCGGCGGCGUCGGCCAUUUCGAUAUAUAAUAUUAUAAUUAUAUUCAUUAUUAUUAUUGAAAUCAAUCGUCUCCAUCAAAGGUGCGUACAACCGAGUGGACAUAGGGAUGGAGGACGUGAUCCUGUGCCACGUUCUCAACCACGACACAAUGUGUGAUUUAUGUCUGAUGUCCGCACGCAGUCCGGAUGUAUUAUUAUGUAAAUAUAUAAACCUCUUGUGAAUUAUCUGCCUCCCCAGAGGUUUCUUUGCCCCAUCUGUCGUCCUUCGAUGGGAUCCCCCGCACAUCGAGACGAUCCCUAUUCGAUGAGCUAUUUCUACAGAACUUUACAUACAAGCAUUCAAAAGCACGGUGAAACAAAUAUAUCAUCACUGAACGCUGUGCAUAGGCAUAAGAAAUAAUCUCGCUAUUCCAACUCAAACGCGACACAGGGAAAAAUGCGACUAAAUACGUCAAGAUACAAUCUAUAGCAGUGUGUGUGUGCAACAACAACAACAACAACAACAAAACAUAAUACAUACCCCUACCCUCCCUUCGAAAUACCUCCGAGUAUAUAGAGUCAUUUUUGCUGAAAGAAAACAUGCUCUGAUUGCGGUAUAUAUACAUACGCUAGAAUCAGUUGAAUGAUCAGACCCUACAAUGGUAACCAUGUAGUGGAUUAGUAACUUCAAGAUUAUAUAUAUAUAUAUAUAUGAUCGAGAAGUAUCAUGAAGUGAGGACAUCAAUGCAUACAUAAGACAUACACAAACGUAAAUAGAUAUAUAAAUAUUUAUUGUUUGCCCUCUUACUAUUUAUCCGAUGCGUACAAGAAGAACCUUUCUCAAAAAUGAAGAGAACACAAAUUGUACAUUUUUCCAAACCCUUUGGCGCCGGCUGUCACUAUGAUGUUUAUUAUAUUAUACGAUACAUGACGCUGUUCCCACCGAAUCCGCUCCAGAAGCGAAUGUACCAUUAUUGUAAUAUAACGCUCUCUCUCUCUCUCUCUCUCUCUCUCUCUCUCUCUCUCUUCUCUCUCUCUCUCUCUAUAUAUAUAUACAACCCGUAAAUCAAAUCGUGACUAAUUGAUCGAAAAAUAAUAAAAGACCCAUGAAAAGCAUUUGCGUACUGGCAAAAAGUAAGGAACAACAAAAAGAAAACAACUUUACCGCGAAAAGAGACGAUAUCAAAACCGGCAAGUAUGGCAUUUCUCAGGGAUCUGUCGGAAAACGCUUAUCACUAUUAGGAUGAUUUAAGUGUUCAAGCUUUUUUCGAACAUGGCCUACAAGGUACGCGGAGCCCAUUCAUUGAGAGGUCUGUCGGAGCUCUCUAUAUGAUCUCCCUCUAACCAGAACAAUGUCAGUGUGGUAUCAAAUCAUUUGUGUGUACGGUCACUCUGCAGAUACUCGAUUUAUGUCAGGGAUGGGAUUUUAAAAAAAAAAAUGUAAAAAAACACCACUAUAAAUACCUAUGUUACACCAAAAGUAACGAUUUGAUACACGUCUAUUUUGUAAAAAGGAUUGUCUACAUCUAUUGGCUUCCAGUUCGGUCAGUGUCCUGAGUGCGCCAUCAGCAAAAAAGUACGAUUUCCCUCCUCACAGCGAGAAACGUGAUGACAUUUUUGAAGUUUCCUACUAAACGUAUUGUGAAUUUGACGCAAAAAAUUGUCUAUUUCUAUCGAAUGAAGUAUUUCUAAGUAGAUAACGAACAUUGAAAUAGGAUUUGGCGACGACGGGACGUUUUUUUUUUUUUUUUUUUUUAUCAUAAUUGACUAAACGGUUGACAAGAAUAAAAAACAUAGUCCACAUGGACCUCGCGUAAACGUACGGGCAGGCACAGAAACGUAAAAGUUGUUGAUAGGUUGAAUAUCAAUGAAACGGUAACCGGGAGGUUAGCAAUCAUACAGCUGCAAUAAGAUGUUUGUACCAAGAACAGAAAAACCUCUGUGACGAACCGUUGAGAAUCUGAAAUGCCACGGCGGCAAACCCUUUGGCGUAUGUAUCUCUCCAUGAACAUUAAUCUUAAAUAAGUAAAAGUGAACAUUUGACAAGUCGACGUUUUUUUUUCUACUCUAAUUGGAAAGUAACGAAAUUGGAAAAUGGGGCACGAUGAAGUUGGCAAAACCCUACUAAGGGUCUAGGCGUGGGAAAUAGCAUCGAUUGACCAUCCUCAUUCCAAUUUUGAAAUCUUGGCGAUGUCUUUCUCAAGGUGUUCACCAACGGUUGAUGGCGCCCGGCCCGAACGCUUUCGUUUGUCUCUUGAAGCAAACCUCCGACGGCGACGCGCCUAAACCCUUACAUAACCCUAAUCCGUUUAAUCGUUAUUGUCAGGUUUUCUUCUAGAAAAGGCCUGCAGGUCCUGAUAAGCCAGCAGCCAGCUGUUGCAGACGUGGAUCAGAAUCUGACCCUCAAAUCUUUUAUAGAAGAAGCAACAAACGAGAGCAAAAGAUCUACAUUGCGUAUCCGUCCACUUGGUGUGCGCGGUCCACCGCGGUCGGAGGUCCCUUUCCUUGUGCAUACACAUCACACGAUUAACUCGACCGAUAUAUAUACAUACAAUAUACAUAGAUAUAUAUAUAUAUAUAAAAGUAGACUAAAUAUCAACAACGUUGCAAAUAAUGAUAAUGCGGCAUAUGAAAGGAAAUACAUAUGCGACUAUGGAUGGCUUGAUAUUGGAGAUAACUAUGAUUAUAAAAUGGUAUAAAUGAGCAACAUGUUUGGAUAUGAUUGGAAAGCUAUAUAUAUAUAUAUAUAUAUAUAUAUAUAUAUAUAAAAUCACAGUACGCUGUAAUAAUGUAGACGUUAGGGGGCCACAUCCAAGCGCCGUACGACCGUAGGGUUGUUGCGCGGUCGGCAACAUGAAGAACUCGGUGAGCACGAGCCCCUCUAACCUGUACAGAAUUCCCAUACAUCGUAGCAACUGAGUAAUAGUUGAGUAAAAUAAACGACAAAAACACCCAAUUCAUUUUUUGCUUUUUUGUAACGAUAAUGAAAAUAAUUAUUACUGCUAGUGUAAUAGAUAUCAAUCAUAAUAAUUAGUACUACACAAUGAGCAAGGACAGCGCGGGUUGCAUUAGGCCAAAUGACAUCAACGGCAAUAUAUUUAGGAUGGCCUAAGCGGAUUGGCGUAGACCUAAUCAGAGCAAAAGGAAUAAAAAUACUACUACUGAUAAUGACAUUGAAUAUGACGAGUAAUAAAUGACGCUGAUGACGACACUAUUACUAUUUAAGAUGACAGUAGCAGAAAAGUGACGGCACAACAUCAUCGAAUCCUAGAUGAAGGAUCUUAUGAAAGAACAAUAAUAACAACAGUAACUAUAUUAUUAGUAUUACAUUAUAUACUAGUUAUAACAAUAAUAAUGGGACAAGACGUCGCUAGGAAGAACAUAGGCAGGGCAAUUUCACUAGCCGACGAGCGGCGAAAGCAAUGGCAGUGAGCGAUUUUCAAGCCGUGCCGACGCGCAAUGAAUAUAAUUAAUCGUAGCAGUCGGUGCAUAAGGAACCCUGGCGAGCAGAAUAUAAAUGCAAAGAAUGAAAAAUGCCGAUAACAUAAUAGGGUCAGUUCGGAGAAUUGCGUUCUGAUAAUAGAGACCUCUCUGGGAAACUACCCAGACGCUAGCGGGUUGCUGAUUAGGGACAACUACCACUUCAACAGUGGUACAACAAUGUCUCCGUGUGUGUCUGUGUGUGCGUGCGUGCGUGCGUUUGUGUAUGCUUGUGUGUGUAUGCGUGAGUGUUUGUGUGUGUGUGUGUGAGUGCAAAAAGCGUGAAUAUAAAUGGGGUAAGCUCUACGGGAGGGGCGCAUUCAGCAUACGACGAACACAGACAGAAAGAGAGAUUUGGGUAAAUAUUAGGUAUUUUCUCGCUGGCCGGCAAAGAAAACGAAAAAAAUGAUAACGAAAAGCAAAAAGCGAAUUCACUUGGUAUAGACCAAAGUGAGCGGAGUGUAGCGGUGAACCUCUUUGGCGGAUCCACGGUUAAGAGAUACUGGCAAGUAAUAAUAAAUAGAUGAUUAAAGAAAUAACGCGGCAAGAUAUGAUUGAAUGGUGACGAUGACGGCGAGGCAGGAUAUGGCAGACUAAACAUAGUGAAGAGUUUAAAUACAAAUGAAA